AUGGCGGCCGAACUUACCCACGAGUUUCUAAACGAAUCCUUCGAGGCCUUUGAGGCCGAGCCGCGCUUCAAGCUCGCGCGCAAUACGGUCACGUCCACAGAGUGGGGCCCGGCGCUCAUGGACCGCAGCCACGUCCAGUCGCUCAACCACGUCUUCUCCAAGCGCCUUCCCGAUGCCAAGAUCUGCAACCAAAAAAGCUCGGGGCGUUGCUGGUUGUUUGCCUGCUCGACGCUCAUGCGCCGCGCGCUUCAGAAGAAGUACAACCUUGACCCGGACUUCGAGCUCUCGCAAACGUACCUCUUCUUCUGGGACAAGCUCGAGAAGUGCAACUGGUGCCUUGAAAACGUCAUUGCGACGGCGGAUGAGCCCGUUGACUCGCGUCUUGUGCAGUACAUCCUCACGGACCCGACGUGCGAUGGUGGCCAGUGGGAGAUGAUUGUCAACGUCGUCGAGAAGUACGGCGUCGUCCCUAAGAACGUCUACGGCGAGUUCAUCUCGUCGGAGCUCUCGGCGCACCUCAACGUCUUUCUCAAGUCCAAGUUGCGCGAGUUCGCCGAGGAGCUGCGUUCGCUCCACGCGUCCGGCAUCGAGAUCGAGUCGAUCCGCGCGCGCAAGGCCGAGAUGAUGCAAGUCAUCCAUCGCAUCUUGAUCAUCCACUUGGGCACGCCGCCGACCAAGUUUGACUUCAGCGUCCAGGACAAGGAGAAGAAGCACGUGUACUUCCCCGACUUGACGCCGCAAGCGUUCUACGCCGAGCACGUGCCCGUGAAGGUGUCUGAAAUGGUCAGCAUUGUCAACGACCCACGCCACGACUAUGACAUUACGAUGACGGUCGACAAGCUCGGCAACGUUGUCGGCGGCAAGCGUGUAUUCUACAUCAACACGCCCAUCGAUGCCCUCUGGAAGUACGCCAAGACCACAAUCGAUAACGACCUCCCCGUGUGGUUUGGCUGCGAUGUCGGCAAAGCCAGCAGCUUGAAGAAGCUCGGCAUCAUGAGCACGAAGCUCUACGACUUUGACUUGGCUUUCGGCACGACGCUCGGCCAGGAUAAGGCCGGCCGCCUCCGUCACAAGGAAAGCGAGAUGACGCAUGCGAUGGUCUUCACGGGCUACAACGUCAAGCCUGACGAGGAGAAGCCUGACAAGUGGCGUGUGGAGAAUAGCUGGGGCACGGAGCGCGGUGACAGCGGCUACGAUGUCAUGACGGCCGACUGGUUCGACGAGCACAUGUACCAGGUCGUCGUUGACAAGGCGUCGCUGACGCCUGAGCAUCUUGCGCUUCUCGAGGCCAACGACCCCAUCGUUUUGCCCGCGUGGGACCCGAUGGGCAGCUUGGCUUAA